GACUUCAGUCAGUCUCCAGAGGGGCACACCGUCCUGACCAAGCGUUUACUUCUUUAUUCGUUUACUGUCCCACAUGAAACCCCAAGAACACCGAGGUUUUUUAUACUCAUCUGUCUGGAGGCUCCUAAACAUGAAUACAGCUAACGUUAACGCUAAGUUAGCUAGCAUUAGCAGCGGGACUCUCGCCUGACACUCGACAGCAGCAACGGGAUCAGAGCAGAGCCGUCCGGCUAAGAGGAGAGUUGUCUCUGGUUGUCACCACACACACAUACACACACACACACACACACACACACACACACAGCAAACUCUCAUUAGCCAGCCUGCUAACGUCAAGUAGCUGGCGUCCGCCUGUCAACUAAGUUGGUUACCAGCAAGGAGCGAGCAGAAUUUCACGGGGCCUUUAUUCACCCAACUGGGUGAGUCCACCAGACCAAGAGGUGCUGUGGCUAAUCGCCGGCUGUGACUGCUGAUCCCUGAGGAGCAUGAGUCAUGGCCUCAGUGGUGCUGGUCGACACUGGUGGGACGGUGGUGGAGUAUGUCGCAGCUGAAGAGGACCCCGAGCAGGAGGGAGAGUGUGAGGUGGACUUGGAGUUUGAAGGGGAGGUAGAAGGCGAGUGUGAAGCUGAGGAGGCCUAUGAAGAAGUACAGGACAGAGAGGAGGCUGAGGAUUACCCAGCAGUCAUAGUGGAGGAGGUACCCGGCGCCAGCAUGGCCGACGAGCAAGGUUACUCAGCCCAGGUGUUUGUGUGUGACGACGAGGCCUACCUGAUGCAGGAAGUGGGCGAUGAGCAGGAGGUGGAGACAGAAGGGGAGCCAGUGGAGGCUUCUGUCCAUGGCACCAGCGUUCACUGCUCUGACAAGACCUUUGAGGCUGCAGAGGCUCUGCUUCGCAUGGACUCACCUUCCAGCCUCAGAGAGGACCGUAGCCCAGAAGCUUUUAUCCCGCCUUGCAUUGCGACGCCAGACUUCCUUCACGCCGCCAUGCGUCCCGACAUGAUUACAGAGACCGAGGUGGAGAUAUCGACAGAGGAGUACUGCGAGGAGGAGGACGAUGAUGAGAAUAUUGGCACCAUGAUGGAAGACCCGGAGCCAGACUACGAGCCCGUCAGGAAGAGGAGAGCUGGACGGAAGCCAAAGACGCACCAGUCAGCUAUUUCCAACGGCUCACUGGACCUGGGCAUCAAGAAGAAACCAAGAGAAGGCAAAGCAGGAAGCACCACCUACCUAUGGGAGUUCCUGUUGGACCUCCUCCAGGACAAGAACACCUGUCCCAGGUACAUCAAGUGGACCCAGAGGGAGAAGGGCAUCUUCAAACUGGUCGACUCAAAGGCUGUGUCCAAGCUGUGGGGCAAACACAAGAACAAGCCAGACAUGAACUAUGAGACCAUGGGACGGGCACUCAGAUAUUACUACCAGCGCGGCAUCCUUGCCAAAGUAGAGGGCCAGCGGCUGGUUUACCAGUUCAAAGAGAUGCCCAAAAACAUAGUCAUCAUCGACGACGACAAGGCGGAGAUGCCCUACCCCGACGACCUGAUGGGCUCCGAGAGCGCAUCCUACGAGCGCGUGGCGCCUCCGUCAGACAUGCUGCUGCAGGAUGCCGAGCUGUCAUCCUCCAAGAAGCCCAACAUCCUGCGGGGCGGGAACAGGGCCAACGCGGCCCACCCUACUGUCGCCGCUGGCAGCAGGACAGUGGCAGGAGGCGGCGCAGCAGCAGCGAUGGUGGCGGGGAUACAAAGGAUAGUGUCUGUUUCAGGAGCAUCGGAUGGGAGUCAGAUCCAGCAGUCGCACACGGCUAUCAUCCCUACCGCCACCGGGCCCAGGACGGUGCGGGUGGCAAUGCAGGUGCCUGUCGUCAUGACAACCUCACUGGGUCAGAAAAUCUCCACUGUUGCCGUGCAGCAGCCCACAGGGACAACGGGGGCCGCCGGCCACACCACCCUCCUCACCAACUCUUCUGCCGGGAACGCCAACUCGCAACAGAAGGUUGUGAUCCAGACCAUCCCCACCAUGAUCCCAGCCACAGCCGAGAACGGGGACAAGAUCACCGUCCAGCUGGCCAAGAUCAUCACAAUCCCGGCGCACCAGUUGGCUCAGUGUCACCUCCAGACCUCCGCGGGCUCCAACAAGCCCGGCGUCGGGGGCUCCCCAGCAGGCAUCAGCCUCCUCGGGAGCCCCCUGACGGUCCGGGCCCUCGCGCCCGUCAACGUCGGCCCGGGAACGCAGGUGAUGAGACUCAGCGUGCCCACGCAACCACAGACUCUAGUGGUGUCGCAGGCGGGCAGCGGGGCGGGGGUCGUGACGGUGUCGGCGGCCAAUCACGCGAUGGCGUCGGCCAAUCACGCGAUGGCGUCACACCCUCGGAUCAUGAAUUCCGUCAUGGUCAACGGCUCGGAGCUCAUGAUAGGAGCGCCAGCAGCCGGAGGAGUCACAAUGGAGAAGCUGAAGGCCGCAGGCGUCCAGCUCCAAACCGUGCAGUUGCCGGUGACAAUGGCCAUCCAGAAGAACCAGGGGAGCCCCAAAAGUGUCCCGAACGUCCAGUCAGAUGCCGUGGACGCUGAGGUGGUUAUCAAACUGCAAACGCCUGACGUGGCGAUGAAGAGCGAAGAGCCCGAGUGUUGAAACGCACCCUAUUUCGGCGGGUUAGUUUGUACAUGUCUGACGUUGUUUUUGCUCUUGUAAAAAAACCAGCAGCAGUCUGUGAGACUUUAAAAAAAGACUCCCGAAAGGCCUGUUUUUAGCCCUGAACCUGUCUUCACAUCUUCCCUGUCGUUCCCAGAACUUUACUGAUCCACGCCGGUCCUCAGCAACCACACUGAAACCUCGCCCAGUGUCGUGUACGGAGAUCAGACUGUACUGUACUCAACCUAGGAAAACACACAGACCUUAAAGGGACUUGUUGGGAAAGGUAAAGGGACCAACCUUGAUCACUACGAUGAAUGGCUUCUCAGUGGAUCGCCAUCACUGACUUCCGUUGGAAGGAAAUUACCUUUUUUAAAAUACAAAAAAAAAAAAAAAAAAAGAAGCUGAAACACUACAAAAUGAGGCAAAUAAUUACAACUAACCAAACUAUAAAAAUACACAGUUGGGGGUGUAAUUUAGAGACCAUUUGUUUAUUUCUUGGCUCUACAGAUUAUGCGAAAACCAGCAAUUUAUUCUUGUUUUUACUUAUAUCACUGUGCAGAUCAAGUAUGGCUGGUGCUACGUGAGUGCUAAAGAAAGAGACAGUGGAGCUGCGAGAAGCUCUCAGAAGGAACAUUAUCAGACAGAAAACGGUCAUGUAUGUACAUAUUUAUAUAUAUAUAUAUAUCUCUAUCUACUAUAUACAGUUUACGGAGCUAAAGUUAACAGGACAGCCUUAGUUUUUUUUAAUUUUCACUUUCUUUUUCAUGUAUUGUCUGAACAGUAAGCUGAAAUUUUGUUUUUGUGUUUUGAUACCUUGUACCAAGCACAGUAUUAUUGAAACUAGUAGAACUAAUAUUUGUAAUAUUAUUAGUUCUUUUUGUCACUAUCGGGCUGUUCGCCAGCGUCUGGGGAAAUGUCAAAGUUUGAAUCUCGGACUUACUUGACUUAAGGGUCUUGGCUAUUUCUCCAUUUUAUUUUAUUUUUUUUGACAAAUGUUUGCUCUUUUCACAAGCCUACAUGGAAAUGCAAAGAAAUGUGACUCAGAGCUGAUGCAUGCUGCCAUCUCUUGAAAAAAUAAUCCAAAUGCAAUGAAAAUCUUAAGUUUAUGCAAUAUGGCUGCGAAAAAUAUAAAACCACUAUGGAUCCCAGGUCACUUUACUUAAAACAGAAGGUCAAUUUGCCAGCAUACAUGUUUUUUUUGUACUGCCUUUUUGGCCCUGCCCCCUUACAUUUCAAUAUUUUUGUCUAAAGAGGAAAGAUGGAGAGAGAUGUUUGUGUUCAGACUGAACUGUUUGUAUAUUCAACAUUUGAAGUAUAUUCUAUUUUCUUGUACUCUUGUUUCAAAGUGUAUUAAAGUAGAUUUUACUGAAUAUAAAAAGACAUUUGAAACCU